GCAGAGCUGAAUAAUAUAAAUCUCAAACACCAUAAUCUCAAUGAUUUGUCGUCUAAUAAUAUUUGCCAAACCAUAAACACGAACAACAUUUCCUCAUAUCCACAAACUUCACACUCAUUUUCACCAAAUGUUAAUCAAAUCAGAAUUGAAUCCACACUCGAUAGAGACCAUCGACGAGCUAAACUUCGUUUGGAUAAAGAAUAUUAUGUUUUCCGAGAGUUAGUUAUGUCUGAGAGAACCUAUAAAAAAGAUAUCGAACUCAUAAAUACAUGGUUUAAAGAGGAUGUGAGUAAAGAGACGACACGACCGGCAGAAAUGGAAGGGAAGUCUGCACUCCAUUCUAACCGAUCCAUUGGAGAUAUUUUAAAAGAUAUCAUUCAAUGGUUACCCUUAUACGAGAGACUCAUUGAGAGACUUCCUUUCAUUCUGGAGAGGAUUAACGCCAGUUUCAGACACAACAAAGAUUUUGAACGAAUUAAUUUAGUUAUUCUAAUUGAAUUACAACGAGAUAUAACAGGAAUGGAUAAUAUUGUCCAAUCGGGUCGAACUCCCGAUAAAGAGGAAGGAACUGCUGUAAUACAGAACCGCAAGUGUUUGCAGUCGUCUUUCAAUUGGCAUCAA